CCACUCCAACAGCCUGAAAAGCAAGGAAAAGGACUGCGUUGUAUUUAUAGAAAACCCAAAACUUUCCCUGAUCUUUCAACUGAUCUGCAGGAUUGUAUAUGAACAUUGCAGAAAGCUCGUUCAUAAACAAAAUAAUCUCGUGCAUGCGUUGGGCAUCGACCCAUUCGGUCCGGAGUUAUCAAUUCUUGGUCAAUGAGUAGAACAUUAACCGAAGAAGGUUGAACUUCUAUAAGAGCACCGUUAGACGGAUGAGUUUUCACUCUCUGUGGAUGCACUGACUUGGGAUCGUGUUCAGGAAUCCACUGGGUGUUGAAUUUCCCAAAACAGUGAAGGAGUAAUUGAAGACAUGGGAAAAAUGAAUGACAAAAAGGUUGACGUGGAGGUCCAUGGAAAAAGGCAGAGCUCACCGAAAUUAUGUGGGACUAACUAUCCAGUUAGCAUUGCCUUCAUUGUGGUCAAUGAGUUCUGCGAGAGAUUCUCUUACUAUGGCAUGAAAGCGGUGCUCACACUGUACUUCAUCCACUACCUGGGCUGGGACAAGAAUCUGUCAACAGCUGUGUACCAUGCUUUCUCAAGCCUUUGCUACUUUACUCCACUUUUGGGGGCCUUGAUUGCAGACUCCUGGUUGGGGAAGUUCAGAACCAUCAUCUAUCUGUCUGUAGUUUAUGUGAUUGGUCAUGUGAUCAAAUCUGUUGGGGCCAUUCCUGAUGUGGGGGACAGUACCACGCAUAUAGUUCUGUCAAUUCUUGGUCUGAUCCUUAUAGCUUUUGGGACAGGAGGGAUCAAACCGUGUGUCGCAGCUUUUGGUGGUGACCAGUUUGAUGAGGAGCAUACAGAUGAGAGGAGAAAAUUCUUCUCAAUCUUUUAUAUGUCAAUCAAUGGUGGAAGUGUCCUGUCAACCCUUGUCACACCAGUACUAAGAGGUGAUGUGCAAUGUUUUGGUGGAGACUGCUAUGCCUUGGCUUUUGGAGUCCCUGCGGUUUUAAUGGUCAUUGCCCUAGUGGUUUUUAUUGCUGGAAAUGGGAUAUAUAAGAAGAGUCCUCCUGAGGGAAAUGUCCUUGCUAGUGUUUGCAAAUGUAUUGGGUUUGCUAUUCGCAACCGGUGGAGAACUUCCAAGAACAGCCCAAAACGGAGUCACUGGCUUGAUUGGGCAGAGGAGAAGUACCCGAAGAGGCUCAUCCAGGAAAUUAAAAUGGUGUUUAGGGUGCUGGUUCUCUACAUUCCAUUGCCCAUGUUUUGGGCUCUCUUUGACCAACAGGGGUCCCGCUGGACUCUCCAAGCCACUCGGAUGAACAUGAAUUUCGGCGGAGCCUUUGUACUAAAGCCUGAUCAAAUGCAGAUGCUGAAUGCUUUGCUGAUUCUGGUGUUUAUUCCAAUCUUCGACAUGGGAAUAUACCCACUGAUAGGCCUGUGUCGGAUCAAGCUCACUCCACUAAGAAAGAUGACAGCAGGCAUGAUCAUUGCUGCAAUUGCCUUCUGUGCUGCAACUGUAGUAGAACUCAACGUCAUUAAAACUGUUGUGGACCCCCCUCCUGCCAAACAAAGCCUCAUUCAGGUUUACAAUCUUAUGGAUUCAGAAGUCACGGUGCAAUUUUCUGAUCACAAUGUCUUCUCAGGACCAGUCAAUUCAUAUGAGGAUCCUUUGGAAUACACCAGUCUUACACUUUCUGGUAUUUCCCAGCUGCACACAGUUACUGUCAGUCACAAUGGGGCACAACAUCAGUGUCAGCUCAACUUUACAGAACAGACGGCAUACAGCCUCAUCCUGCACAAUCAAACUGAUGGCAUUGCAUGCAAACUGGUGGAAGAUCACAUCACCAAAUCUGAAACCGGGGCUGCAUAUCUAAGGUUUAUCAAUACCCGCACAGAGAGUAUCAACAUAACAGUGGGCACUAAUGAAUUUUAUGUGCCUGCUCAUUAUGAGAUUUCACACAAUAUCAGCAUACAACGGGGAGAAUACAAUGGAGUUAAAUGCAUAUCUGACUCCAAAGAAUAUCACAUUGAUCUGGGGCUUCUUGAUUUCGGUGCCUUCUACACAGUCAUACUCAAAGGGGGUAGAGAUGAUCUUACUUUUAAAAAGAUGGAGGAUAUCCAAGCCAACAAUAUUCACAUUGCCUGGCAGAUUCCACAGUAUGUUUUCCUUACUGCAGGAGAAGUCAUGUUCUCCAUCACUGGUUUGGAGUUCUCCUACUCACAGGCACCAGCAAGCAUGAAAUCUGUCCUUCAGGCUGGAUGGCUUAUGACGGUGGCAUUUGGAAAUGUCAUUGUAUUGAUUGUGGCAGAGGGGGCCGGAAUGGAACAGUGGGUGGAGUUCCUCCUUUUUGCUAGUCUUUUGCUGGCAGUCAGCAUCAUCUUCUCCAUCAUGGCCUAUUUCUACACCUACGUUGAUCCAGACCAGCUGGACAAGAUUUUCAAAGAGGACGCAGAUGAUGGGAAUGUUGAUAGUUACAAGAGGCCUUUAUGUGGUCUUUCGCUAAGCUCUGCUGUUCAGGAAUCGUAUUCCAGCUGAAUCAAGAAAAAUAUACUGUGCUGAGAGAGUUAUGCUUUUACUUUACAUGGCGCUGUACAUGAAUAAAUAUAUUUUAAAAUGUUAUGAACUUUAUAUAUAAACAUGUAAAUAAUAUACACUACCAAUGUCUAAAAUUAAUGGUACGAAAAUGACAUUUGCACAAUUUAAAGCUCUCAUUUGUACAUAAUUUUUUGUCAUUUGUCAAUUUACAUCAUUUUUGUUGUUAUGACCUUUGAGAUGAUAUUGUUCUUGAUUAACUCUUGUCUAACAUUGCUGACACAUUAAUUAUCAAUGUUUAAAGAUGCUCUCAUUAAUUUUUUCCUCAUUAAAUAAAGUUUAAGCCCCAAAGGAAUGAAUAUAUGUUUAAAAUUGUGUACGCUCACAUGAGAUGAAGAUCCCAGGUAUAUCAGUAGCAUAAUAAUAACUGUUAUAUUUUCAACCUCAUUGGGGACUAGUCAUAACCUGUCUAUUAAACUUGGUAACCCCCAAUUAUUUGACAAACUUUGCUUUUGCAUGAUGCUGCACUCAAUACUGCUAGGUAUCAAUAUUUGUCCAAAAUAACCAUAGUGUCUUUAGAAAAUCAUCAAACCCCUUUGUAAUAGUAAUUUUUUGUGUUAUAGCCCGAAAUCAUAAAAUGUUUGUAAAAAUAUAUAUAUUAAAAAAAGGCAACAGUUCAAAAAU